CACAUUUAUUUCGAGAUGCGGUCGCGUUUGUGUGAGGUCACCUCCAUGGACGGCAGGAGGCUGGCGCUCGCCGUCGAGCUGAGCAUGGCCGCCUCAAUGUCAGUGCGGGCUCGAGCUCGAGCUCUGCCGUUGGCGUUGUCGUUGCUGCGGGUUCAGGCGCGAUGUCCGCCCGGCCUCACCAGGUCAUUGAGCACUUCCACUUGGCGGUUGGCACAGACUCAAACGCACGACACGCAACUCAUAACAGUUGAUGAAAAAUUGGAUAUCAGUCCCAUAACCGGCGUUCCAGAAGACCAAGUAAAAACACGAAAAGUGAGGAUUUUUGUUCCAGCACGGAAUGCAAUGCAGUCUGGUGCAAACAACACAAAGCUCUGGAAAAUGGAGUUUGAUACAAGAGAACGCUGGGAAAAUCCUUUAAUGGGCUGGGCAUCAACAGCUGAUCCACUGUCAAAUGCCGUUUUAACUUUUACCAGUAAGGAUGAUGCAAUUGCCUUUGUGGAAAAGAAUGGUUGGAGAUAUGAAGUGGAGGAAAAGGAGGUAAAGGCGACCAGACCAAAGUCGUACGGUGCAAACUUCGCUUGGAACAGAAGGACAAGAAUAUCUACCAAAUAACUGACAACAUCACAAAUGUACAUUUGACUAAGAACAAAAGCAACUGUUGUAAUUAUUGUUCUUAUGAAUAAUCUCUUAAUAAAUAUGACCAACAGCUUA